UCGAGGCCAGUCUCGUCCUUGAAAUGUAUGCCAGUCUCGCUUCAAAACGAAAAGUCCUUUUCUAAAUUUGUCCUAAACGGCGAAGAAAUGGGAUCAAAACGCUUAGUACUUCGUCGUCGCCUUUCCUACAACACCAAGUCGAACAGGAGAAGAAUAUCAAAGACUCCAGGUGGAAAAUUGGUUUAUCUUUACACAAAGAAAGUAGGAAGUGUGCCAAAAUGCGGUGACUGCAAGUUAAAGCUUCGUGGGCUUCCAGCCGUUCGUCCAACUGAAUUAAAAGCUUUGUCUAAGCCAAAGAAGAACAUCACCCGAGCAUAUGGAGGCUCACGAUGUGCAAAAUGUGUCAGAGAAAGGAUUGUCCGUGCUUUUCUCAUUGAAGAACAGAAAAUUGUUGUACGUGUACUUAAAGCACAACAAGGUGGCAAAAAGUAAUUGUAUAAUUAUGACAUUGUAAAGACCAA